AUGGUGUCCCUAAAGCUCAUUUUUCUCCUCCUGUUCUCACUGGGACAUGUUUCCUGCCAGUCAGGAGGAAAUCAAGAGGUGAGGAAGAUUCCUCAGUGGGGCACUGGCCUUAUAGCAGUGACAGUCUUCCUCUUCCUUGUCCUCGUCGUCUAUGUGGCCAACAUAUUUUGGAAUAAAAGAUCAAAGUCUAACCUAGAGUCAUUCUCUAUGGGAAAAUUUGAGGAUGGGGUUAUUCCCAAUGGCAGCACUGGGCGUUAUGUUACAAAGUCCAGUGAUAAUGAGCAAAUUCGACAUGCUUAUGAAAACCCAAUACAAGUCACAGAUAAUGAACUUUCUACUCCUAUGUAA